AUGCCCACGCCCACCAGCCGAUCGUGUCGGUGGAUUGCCGUGCCUCGAGCAUCUCGAAUCCCUCCUGAAUUACAACACAUACUUUCAGGGAGAGCAGAUCUACGUCGUAUCUUGGCUAAAUCUUUUCCGCCCGUAUGCAAGAUGCCCCUUCUCAACACUGUCGAAUCUUGCAUCCUUAGACACGCAUCGUGGCCACGGGAGAUGCGAAUUCGUCCUUCUGGCAUUCACAACUCAGACAGAAAAGGGGUUCGUCGCCAACGGCUUCAUCCCUGGCAAGAUACGGACAAUGCCAAGAAUUGCUCUGCCGAGACUGAAGAACGAUCUCACACUGCAGUCGCUGGAGAACAAUUCUCCGACAUUCCUACCCUGGGCGGUCGCAGUCUUGUUGAGGCACUUAGUGUAAUCUUUGAUGGCCUUCUCUACGACGGAUUGGACUUUAGUGAAUGUUGUAUGGCCAAGAGUAUAAGCGACACCGUUACUCAGGAAUCUCGGCCAAAUAAUUGA